CAAAAAGCCUCGUUUGACAACUGCGAUGUUCUUUCACUGCUUUAUUAUAUAUCUGAAGCAACGAAAACAUUAAAUAUAAGAAUAUCUAUUGCGACCUCGAAGCUACAAGAACAGCGUACGCUUCAAAUUGUUCAUGCUCUUGUAGCACAAGACUUCGCCGGCUUCAGUACAAAUGGUGCAUGACCAUUGAAUCCCUAUGCAGAAAUUGUGUUGAUUCUUCAAUAGGUGCAAGCUUCGUUCAUAACAAAACGCAAGUGUUUCUAGUUAAACACAUCAGAAUGAAGGAAAGCAAAACCCUGUAUCUCCAAGUGAUAGAAUGGGUCUUGUUCAUUCUUACGACGAUCAAAUGCGGACUCAUUUUUCUGCUGAAUUGGUGCUGGUUUAAUAGGCAUAAACUUCCGCCUGGUGCGAAGCUUCCACCGAUGCCUCCAACGUCUUCCAUUUUCGGUCAUAAAGAGCUUAAACUUCACAACUUUCACUAUGUAAAGGCUCUGCAAUGGGCGAAAGAGUACGGGCCUGUAUUCAGACUAAGAAGUUACUUUCGAAGUAUUGUGGUACUGAACGACAUUGAAUCUAUAAAAAAGUUCUCUGUGGAUAACCAAGUACUCGACCGACCAGAAAUUAUGAAUUUUGGUUGCGGCAGCUACAAAGGUGUGUUGAUCAUGAAUGGCAAAGUGUGGAGGGAUAACAGAAACUUUUGCAUGUGGACGCUACGAGACCUCGGCUUUGGAAAGUCGACGGUGGAAGACAAAUUGGCGAUUGAGUUUCGUAUGUUAGAGGAAGAAAUUGAGAAAACCGAAGGGAAGCCAGUAUACCUUGGAUUACAGUUCAUGGAGUGCGCUGCAAACCAGCUCGCAUCCUUCUUCAUGCCAAGAAUACAAAGUGACAAGCGUGCGCGCGAUGAACUGAACGCUACAUUGGCACGGGUGUUCGUGCUUUUGCAAACAAUGCACCACUACCACUUCUGGCCUCGCGUCUGCCAAGCCAUCGCAUCGUUCUUACCUUUUACAAAGAUCUUCAAGAUGAAGGACGCAAUCAAGAACUUCGACAAUUUUAUCAUAAAUGAAAUCAGCAACCACGUGCAAGGCAGCGGGCGAAAAAGUUUCAUACAAACAUACAAAGACAAGGUCAACGAAUCUGCGGAAAACCAAGACUAUACUUACAAGAACCACUACUUGGUGGGCCACAUAAAGAUGUUUCUCAUAGGAGGCAUCGACGGCCCAAGCAUAUCGAUGCAGAUGCACAUGGUGAUGUUCGCUGCUCGCCCAAAUGAUCUCCAGCUGCGAGUGCAGCGGGAAAUUGACACCGUUAUAGGCCACCGAAGAUUGCCUACUUGGGAAGACCGAAAACUCAUGCCUUUUACAAUGGCAUGUGUCUGGGAGCUCGAAAGGUGGAAAAGAACGGAACCGUUUGGUCUACCUAGAGGUACUGAAAAAGAUAUUAUCGUGGAUAACAUUAUGAUUCCUGGAGGCUCGGUUGUAUUAUUUAACCUAUGGGCUGUCAAUCGAGACCCUUCGCUUUGGAGAAACCCACAUCACUACGACCCCACUCGCUUCCUUUGUGAGGAUGGCUCCUUGAUGAGAGAAAAGCCUGCUUAUCACGUCGGCUUCUCCUUUGGAAAACGAUCAUGUCCGGGAGAGCCGUUCGCUUUGAUGCAAAUAUUUUUGAUGGUAGCCAACAUGCUUCAGAGGUAUAAGGUCGAGCUUGGUGAACCACUCGCCUGCGAUCUCGAUGACCCCGCAAUCGACCUUGGCGUGCUGAAAAGGACAAGGCUGCGCUUCGAGCGUCGCUUCAAGAAUACGAUCACAUGAAUUGGAGUACACCAAUAAAACAUCAUUUCUCAUUCGCACCA